AUGGCGUCACAGUUGUCAGAGAUGUCUACCGCGAUAAAGCCCCUCCUCCUCGCUGGAGGCCGUUCCACGCGAAUGGGAUCGCGCAAGGAACUCCUCUGUCUCGCCAACGACAUCCCCAUCUAUGAGCAACAAUUAUUGAGGCUCCAUCAUGCCUUUCCCGAGUCUGAUGCCGUGUUCCUCUCCUUGCCAUCUCCCGCGUCUCUACCGGAAAUCCUCGAGAACCCGCGUAUAGAACGCGUCGCCGACACCACCUUCCGGCUGCACACUGCCAAUUCGUCUCCACCAUUUAUCGUGUACAUCCUCUACGACAACCCAGGAGAAGACCUGGGCCCAGCAGCCGGGCUCCUCUCGGCAUAUCGCUACGACAAUAGCGCCACCUGGCUAGUCGUCGCCUGCGAUUACCCAUUUUUCCCUGUCUCCGCUCUGCGCUACCUGCGUGGACACAUGGCUGGUCCUGUUACGUGCUUUGAGAAUGCGGACGGGAUCUACGAGCCUCUUUUGGGGAUCUGGACCCCUGAGGCACUAUCUCUACUAGACCAGAAUGUACAGAGGGGUAUUCUAGGUCCCAAGGCUGUGGCGCUCGAGUCAAAGGGGACCAGUAUACGGCCCGAAUCGGAGAUUUGGCUGUUCAACAUGAAUACUCGAGCGGAAUAUGAACAAGCGCUGAGGAUGAGCGACGAGAUGAACAACUGCGCAGAUAAUAUGAAAGCCUCAUAA